AUGACGACAAGGCCAGACGCAUACCCCUACAGCAGCCAUGUCGACCACUCCCCCAGGCCGCGCAGCAAGAGCAGCAGUGGCCGCGAACACCUCCAGCAGCUCCAGAACCACCUCCCGUCCAACAUAUCGAGCAAGCUCGCCAAGGUGACAAACAUGGUGGACAAGCUGUCCGGCAGCAGCAGUCACAACAACAGCAACAACCACAACAACAAUCACAACCACAACUACAACAGCCACUACACAAUGACGCCAGCAUCUGGCGGACAUCACGGCGGCGGCAGUAGCCAUGGCCACCACUAUGUGCCUCCAUCUGCGUAUCAGCAGGGUGCCCCGCCUUCGGCCCAUCUACAGCCUCCUCACUCCUACCCGGGCUCAUACAACCAUCAUCAUCAUCACAACGGUGGUGGCUACAUGCCCGCGCCGCACGCGCACCGACCGGAGAAGGAGAGCCACUCGUCCGCAGCGAAACUAAUGGGGAAGCUGGGCAAGCUCACGAUGAACUCUGGCCACCAUGGCCACGGCCACGGCCACGACGGAUAUGGUGAUGGAGGUUCUGGGGAUGGAGGAGGUUACGGAGGCGGAGACGGUGGUGGUGGCGGAUAUGGUGGAGGUGGCGAUGGCGGCGGUGGCGGUGGUGCCGCGUGA